AUGAUGUUGCAUCAUUUUUACUACAACUGGAAAAUUAAUUAUGCUUCUGAAAAGGCAUCCAAGAAGUCCAAGGAAUUCAACACACUGCUGUACCAGCUCAUGAUUGACGAUACGACCAACGAAAUUCUCCAUAAUGUGAGUACUUCUUUGCUUUUAAUAGAUGAUCGCCUCUGCUACUACAUACUUGGUCAUCUUGAUCCAGUUCGGACAGACCGGGAACACGACGCAGGAAUCACAACCAAUUGUCAUUACCAACCUCACAACCACACCCCUACCGCUUUCUAUGACCACUUAUCUGUGAAUUGCACCAUUUAAUAAGUAGCCAAUUCCAGGAAUGGAAUGGGCUUUGAAAUGGAGGUUUUCAUUGUUAUAAGAAAGUUUACUGAAAUUACUACAAUUGUUUAAUUGUACUAAAUAUAUUAAUUUAUAUGUUAACUAUUUCAUUCCAGAUAUAGAAAUUUAGACCUUAAAAUUUCAAUCAACACCAUUUUUAUUAUGUUCCUUUGUUCCAAAAAAAAAAAAAAUCCAUGAAUUCCUAAAUGAUUAGAUGAUACUUCCUGUAGCAGUUGUUACUUUUCAUAUCAUUCAAUAUAGACAGUUUUAAAUAAGGAAAUUACAAUAUUCCCGUUAAGAUUGUACUAAUUUAGUUAAGCUAUUAAUAUUAUCCAUAUAUUAACAUUAUAUCAGCUGAAUGGAUCAGCUGAAUCA